UACAAGAGGAGUCUCUGAGGAUGCAAAGCAAUUCCAAGUCCUCCUCACCCUUCCAGGGAACUAGGGAGGGCUUUCGCCUCCAGUCAGCUGCUGGGAGAUGAUGUGCAGAUGAGGAGCUCUCAAGAAGGGAGGAAGAAGAGGCGGGGUUGAAGGAAGGAUGGAUUCUUGCCUUGGCGCCCAGGCGGGGUGUGCCGCGUUCAGAGACCACCUCAGCCAACAGCUUGCUUGGCUCCAGCCCUGCAGUCCUGGUGCUCCCGUCUCCACCGACGACCCCCGAGGCAACGAAGAAGAGGCUCCACUGACCCUUCCCCGUCUCAGAAGAGGGGUCUUACCCUGUGCUGAAUUUCUUUCUCCGUCGCUCAGGCCCCACACGAUUUCAUCCGGCGGCCACCAUGACCGUCAAGUUGCGCUCGGGCUUCUACGUGGGCAAAAAGUCCGCCGUGCUGCUGGCGCUGCUCUUGGCCGCGCUGCUCUUGGCGCUGCUGGUGCUGGCUAUCCUGUACGGGCGCUGCGCGCAGGAUUUGGAAGGGAGAGGCGACGAGGCGGCGGCGGCGGCGGCGCCCACGGGCGAAGCUCCCGCCAGCGCCGACCCACCCGCGCGGCCGCCCGGCGCGUGGGACGCCUGGCGUCUGCCGGGGGACUUGGAGCCACUGCACUACUCGCUGCUGCUGUGGCCGCCCCUGGCGCCCGGCCUUCCCGCGCCGCGCACGCACUCAGGGCAGGUGAACAUCACCGUGCGAUGCCUCCGCGACACGGACGCGGUGCUGCUGCACAGCGUGGGGCUUGUCUACCAGCGCGCCGCCGUCUGGGGGCCCCUGACGGGCGCCGCCGCCGCCGCCGCCAACGGCAGCAGCAGCAGCAGCGUCGCCGUGGCCGAGCUGUGGGAAGAGCCGCGCAACGAGUACGCUGUGCUGGAACUGCGCGCGAACCUAAGCGCAGGCGCCCUCUAUGAGCUGCAGCUCGCCUUCCGGGGCAAGAUCCAGCACGAGCCGGAGAUCCAUGGGCUCUUUACGCACAGCUAUAAGGACGAAGGAGAGAGCAGGUGGUUGGUCGCAUCGCACCUAGAACCGGCAGAUGCCAGGAGGGUUUACCCAUGCUUUGAUGAGCCUGCAAUGAAAGCUACUUUUAACAUCAGUAUUGUCCACCACCCAAGCUAUAAAGUACUUUCCAACAUGCCGAUUAAGGAUGUAUCUGAGUAUAAAGAUGUGAAUGAGAGCACAUUGAGUACUUUGAGUAAUGGGACUGCACUGAUGAACUGGACUGUCACAACAUUUGAAACAACACCAAAAAUGUCCACAUAUAUCACUGCUUUUGCGGUCUGUAACUUUGAUUAUGUCACCACAGUGGAGAGGGGCAAUGAGAUACGCAUUUGGGCUCGGAAGGAUGCAAUUAAAAAUGGAUCUGCUGAAUAUGCUUUAAAUAUCACAGGACCAAUCUUUUCAUUUAUGGAAGACUUACUUAACAUCAGUUACCCUCUUUCAAAAACAGAUCUGCUUGCGCUACCUGAAAUGGCAGCUGGUGCUAUGGAAAACUGGGGGCUAAUUACUUUCCAGGAAAAGUCCUUGUUGUAUCACCCAGAAGAUAAAUUCUCAGGCCAGAAAUACUGGAUUUGCAAAAUUAUUUCCCAUGAGAUAGCACACCAGUGGUUUGGAAACCUAGUUACCAUGAAUUGGUGGAACGACUUAUGGCUUAACGAAGGAUUUGCAUCUUACUUGGAGCGUCUUGGUACACACUACAUAAUGCCCACAAUGCCUCUGGACAACAUCUUUAGCUACGAAGUGGUUCAACCUAUGUUGCGCAUGGAUAAUGAACUACAAAAUCGGUCUUUAUCCGACACAGGUGAAAGACAAGAAUCGGGCGCAUUACUUAAUCUGUUUGGUUUAAUAACAUACAAGAAGGGGGCUGCCAUCCUUCGGAUGCUGUCCAACUUUGUGACUGAAAGGCUUUUAAUGAAAGCACUUAAUUCGUACCUGAAUGCAUUUUCCUUUUCAAAUGCCAUCCAGGAUGAUCUGUGGAAUCACAUUCAAAAGGUAGUAGAUGAACAGAAUGACCUCCAGUUGCCGGCGCCAGUAAAAGUUAUAAUGGACUCGUGGACCUGCCAACAUGGCUUGCCACUCCUAACAGUAAAUCUGACCACUGGGAACAUCAGUCAGGAACAGUUUUAUUCUAAAAAAGGAACAAACAAGACCAACAACAUGUGGACGAUUCCCAUAUCUUGGUUAAGAAACGGGACUGUACAACCUUUGGCAUGGCUUGAUAAGAGCAGCAAAAUAUUUCCGGAAAUGAAGAUAUCAGAUUCAGAACAUGAUUGGAUUAUUUUAAAUGUGAAUUGGACUGGCUACUAUAGAAUUAAUUAUGACCAGAAGUCUUGGAGAAGACUGGCCAAAGUUCUUGAAAGAAACCCAAAGGCCAUUCCUUCUGUAAGCAGAUUUCAACUGGUGGGAGAUGCCUUCCAGCUGCGAUGGUCUGGUUAUACUGAGUAUGAUACUCCACUAUAUUUAACUAAGUACCUUGAAAAGGAAGAUGAUACCUUAGUGUGGGAAACGGUACUGCAACAUCUAGAAGUUGACAAUUGGGGGCUCAUUCAGAGUGAUUAUGAAUUAUACCCAGUUUUAAAGAAAUAUUUCUUAACAAGGAUUUCACCAAUAUGUCAUCAUUAUACUAAUCUCCUUCGUCAGAGUUUUGAAGUACUGGAAGAUGAAUUUUAUACUGUGGGCAUAGGAACCAUUAUAAAAACUGCAUGUUGGUUGGGGGUCCGUGACUGUUUAGACCUAGCUUCCGAAAUCUUCACCAAGUGGAUGAACAAUCCCGAUUUUGAGGUUCCCGUUUCUAUUAGGAGAGCCAUUCAUUGCUAUGGUAUUCAGCAGGGUAGUGACAAAGAAUGGGACUUUGAAUGGCAAAUGUACAAGCGGAAUGAUAGUCAAGAAAAUUAUUACUUACUCUUCUCCAUGAGCUGUACCCGUGAGCCAUGGUUACUUCAAAGAUACUUGCAGUAUAUCCUGAACGAUUCUGUAAUUUCAUCGGAUCUUGUGUCAGACAUCAUUAGAUAUGUGGCACAAAGUGAGGCUGGCCACUGGAUAGCAUGGAAAUUCAUAACAGAAAAUUGGUCUCGUUUAUAUAAUAGGUGCUCCUUUGAACCAUUGUAUGCUUUCAUGGAUUCUAUCAGUACAGACUUCGAGGUUCAAGUGGUCCGGGUUUUUCUUAACAAUACACUUGAACCAGAACAAAGAAUAAUUCCUACAGAGAUAUUGCAGAAAGCAAAAUCUAGAAACGAAGAAAGAAAAGAAUCCGUUACUAAAAUGGUCAAGUGGCUACAAAGAAAUAUGGACAUUUGACAUUUGAUGAUUCUUCCAAAUCUCUUUUUGGAAACUGCUUUAAUAGCAUUUUUUUUUAAAAGGAGAACAUAUUUUGUGCAUAGAGCUCCCACUUCAUGUUUUAAAUGGUGGUAGUCUUGCGAUAGUGUCUGUGCAAAUCAAGCUACUGUGGAGUCAAAUUUCUACUCAGAACAUUGCCAUACAAGACAGAAUGAACUAAAAAAAUAACCCCGUGCCUAAACAAAGAACCUCAAGGAAUAUCUUGACGCUUAUGUCAAAUGGACGGAAUGUAGCAAGCCUUACCAAUUGAAAUGAAGAACUGGCAACUAGAAGAAGCCAUUGUCAUCAGUUUUCUAUGUGACGUGGGACUCUUCGGGCUACACAUCUGUAAAAUUUCAGCUUUGCCUUUUAAAA